CUGCUAUUCAAAAAAUACUGGGUUAUUGGUGAACAUGCAUUUUCCGAUGCAGAUAUAGUUUGAUACUGCACGAGAUAGUUAGUCACUAGUUAGUAAAAAGCAACAGUUUACUGUUAAAGUAUUAUUAGUCUUUUAUUUUAUAGUGACAGAGACACAGACAUAAAAGUUGAGUAAAGAGUGAGAAGUGUACUGCAUGCGUCAAAGGCUGCAUGUGGUUAAAUAGCAGGCAUCUUGACCACAAGGCUAUCAACAUACUCUGACAAACAUGCUGGUGAUUGCAAAGUAAUGUUACCACAGUGACUUUACUGAAUUAUCAUUGUCACCGACCAUAUCAGUAGUUGUUGGCAGCAGAGCUUCCCUCGGACGUGAUACACUAGACUUCCUCUUUGAAGGCAUGUUAAACGACCAUAAAACCUGCAGAAAAUGUCAUAAUCUCUUUCCUAAGUAACAGGCUGCUGAGCAAUUAACCUUGUCUGUACUGAACUGAGCAAAACUGCUUGAACUGGCAGCGUACUGACUGAAAUGAAGAGAGUCUGAAUCAGUGCUGAACUUCGUGGCAGUCAGAACAGUGAUGUGCUCACUCCUUUUGAGGCGCGCAGCGCCCAAUCUUUUUGAAACAAUGCGUGUUCUUUACACCGACGAUGAGAUUAAAAAUGUCUGUUUUUCCUCCUGUGUCUUUAAACAUCUCUCUUGUGUCCCUGGGGUGUUGUGAUGUGGGUGAUACAGGCUUGGUACUAACAAGCCAAGAAACUAGUUUCUCACACUCUCAUAGACCUGUUUCAUUGUGUUUGAAGUCCCACAGAGAUGAGAGGAGCAGCUGUAAGUUUAACCGCAGCAGCAAGUGGAUUUGUUGUCCUGCUUCUCACUGUGCCAGUGGUACGGGGUUACAAUGGCUGGGGAGUGACUUACACUUCUACUAAGAUCUGCGCCUUAAAAGGAUCAACGGUGGAGAUGAACUGCACCUACAGGUUCCCAUCCAGAAUAAACUCUGUUUCAACCAAAGUUGAGGAAACAUUCUGGUUUACAAAAGCGAGUAAUAACAUUUACGCGGAUCUGAGAACAGACCCCGACUAUUCGGAUCGUGUGGAGUAUCGCUGUAAAAACAACGACUGCACUCUGAGAAUCACCGACCUGAGAGAGAGCGACUCAGCGGAGUACAAGUUCAGGUUCAUAACAAACCAGCCAGGUGGGAGUUUUACUGGUUCACCUGGAGUCACUUUGUCUGUCACAGGUUUGCAGGUGCAGCUGAGCAGCCCAGGGGUGCGAACGUAUGAUCGCUCAGCAGAGCUCAUGUGUCGGAGCAAUUGUCGUCUACCUGAUCACACUUCCUACAUCUGGUACAAGAAUCAAAAGGAAAUUUUGAGAAGAAAAUUGAAUUCUUUAAACAACUUUGAGCUUCGAAACCACUAUUCCUGUGCUGUACAAGGACAUGAGGAUUUCCCCUCCUCUUCACUGCUGGUACAGGGUCAGGUUAACUGGGGAGUGACUUACGCUCCUGCUCAGAUCUGCGCCUUCAGAGGAUCAACAGUGGAAAUGAACUGCACCUACAGGUUCCCAUCCAGAAUAAACUCUGUUUCAACCAAAGUUGAGGAAACAUUCUGGUUUACUAAACUGCAGGAUAAAGAACCCGUGGAUCUGAGAACAGACUCAGAGUAUGCGGGUCGUCUGGCGUAUAGUCGUGGUAAAAACAACGACUGCACUCUGAGAAUAACCGACCUGAGAGCGAGCGACUCAGCCGAGUACAAGUUCAGGUUCAAAACAAACCUGCCAGGUGGGAGUUUUACUGGUUCACCUGGAGUCACUUUGUCUGUCACAGACCCUCAGCUCCAGGUACGCGUGAGGAGAUCGACCGUCAAUCCGUACUCUACCUGGACAGAGCUGACAUGUCACAGCAAUUGUCAACCAUCUCAUCAUCUUUCGUACACCUGGUACAAGAAUGAAAAUUCAGUUGAAGGAGGAGAAGAAAAAUAUUUUCACCUACACACAAGUGGUCCUGGAGACAAAUAUCACUGUGCUAUAGGAGGAGACGUGCCUGUCCGCUCUCCUCCCGUGUAUGCUCCGGAGUUUCCCGCUGUGUCAGUGAGCCCCUCUGGUGAAAUCGUGGAGGGCAGCCCAGUGACUCUCAACUGUAGCAGCAACGCUAGCCCUGCAGCUAAUUACACCUGGUACAAGGAGGAUGCAAAUCCAGGCCUUCCGUCUCUCCAAAAAUCACUUUCCUUCGGGUCCAUUAAGUCCUCAGACUCUGGGCGGUAUUACUGUAGAGCUGAGAACGAGCUGGGAUGGAUGUCAGCCCCCACAGUUAUCGUUGUGAAAUAUGCUCCAAAGCUCCUCUCUAUGUCAGCGACUCCCUCCGGUGAGAUAGUGGAGGGCAGCUCCGUGAAUCUGACCUGUAGCAGUGACGCUAACCCCGCAGCUAAUUACACCUGGUACAAGGGGAACCAAACACUGCUUCAGGGACCGGAAGGCUUUUAUCAUUUCACUUCCAUCAGCUCAGAGGACAGAGGGUUUUACCGCUGCAAGGCUGAGAAUCAGUUUGGACAGAUAAAUUCUUCAAGCCUAUUAGUAGAUGUCCAGUAUGCUCCAAAGCUCGUCUCUGUGUCAGCGAGUCCUUCCGGUGAGAUAAUGGAGGGCAGCUCCGUGAAUCUGACCUGUAGCAGUGACGCUAACCCCGCAGCUAAUUACACCUGGUACAAGGGGAACCAAACACUGCUUCAGGGACCGGAAGGCUUUUAUCAUUUCACUUCCAUCAGCUCCGAGGACAGAGGGUUUUACCGCUGCAAGGCUGAGAAUCAGUUUGGACAGAUAAAUUCUUCAAGCCUAUUAGUAGAUGUCGAGUAUGCUCCAAGGCUCGUCUCUGUGUCAGCGAGUCCUUCCGGUGACAUAGUGGAGGGCAGCUCCGUGAAUCUGACCUGUAGCAGUGAUGCUAACCCCGCAGCUAAUUACACCUGGUACAAGGGGGGCGGAGACUCACCACAAGCUUCGGGACAGACCUUCGCCAUCACCGGCAUCAGAGCUGAACUCGGCGGGAAUUAUUACUGCGAAGCCCGGAACAGAAGAGGACGUCGUAACAACACCUUACAUCUUAAUGUCGUGGCAGAUUUCCCUGAAGCAUGGAAAUCAGCAGUCAUUGGAACCAUCACUGUUGUUGUCCUUGCUAUCAUACUCCUCUCUGCCUUCCUACUGAUAAAAGAAAAGAUUACCUCCAAGCAGUCAUCGGAGCCUGUACAGAGAAUUGUCUACAGUGAAAAGUGUCUACAUAGUCAGUCAGAGGAGCAGGAUGACCCUGACUAUACCAAUAUCCACUUCUUGAAGAACCAGACAGAUCCUGUCUGCUCCAACAUCGGACUAGCUGGACCCUGCAGACGCGAUGAAGAGGAGGACGACGAUAGUGUUGAGUACACUGUUGUCAAAUUUAACAGUUCUGCCCCAAGAGCCAGAAGUCAGGAAAUUCAGGAGGAUCCAGCUACAUUGUACAGUACAAUCAAGACAUCCUUCUGAUUUUUAGAGCAAUGUCUGCCAGUUGGUCAGUCAGUUGUUCCACCACUUUGGUCCAGACUAAAAUGUCUAAACAACUGCUGGAUGGAUUGCCAUAAAUUUAUGUGCAGCCAUUCAUGGGCCCCAGAAGAUGAAUCCUACUGACUCUGAUGAUCCCCCGACUUCAGCGACACUCGCAGAUUGACAGUUUUGGUUUUUAGUGACAUGUCUUGACAACUAUUGGAUAAAUUGUUAUAUAAAUUGUGGUACAAAUAUGCGUGGUGCCCCAAGGAUAAAUCCCAAUAACCCUGGGGAUUCCCCGACUUUCAUCUCUCUCUCUCUGAAAUGUAUCAGCGAUUUUAGAAGCAUUGCUAUACAAUGCAAGUAGUGGUCAAAAGCUCCACCUUUAACCCACAUUGAACCUUAAUUAAAGAUUAAUGUAGACAAUUCAAACAUUUUAUAACUUGCAGCUUUAGACAUACUACAUCCCUGCAGUAUGUAUCAAGAUGGCUAAGCUUGUCACAGGCAUUUUUUCCAUUUAAUCCAUAUAUAAAAUUUGCAAUUUAAAAGCACAUUUGGGUAAGAAAAAGCAUUAUGUGACAUACAAAGACUCAUGUUUUACUGAUAGAAAACCAUUUCGAAGACCCCUGUCAAGAAACCUACGCGUGUUUCCUUGUUCUGUUUUGUAUAAUUUUGUCUUCCUUAAAUUAAUGUAACAACCUCAUUAGAGCCAAGAGAAAAUAAAUAUUUUCAUUUUUUUCCCUCUGACUCCCGUUAUUAGACCAAGAUGAGCAGAAAAAUUCACACGAAGGCCAUGACUUGUGAUGAAUGGUCACAACUAAAUGGCUUCAUUCUAAGGAGUAACUGGCAAAACAGGUUGAGAAACAGCUCAGAUUUCUUCAAUGUAAAACCUAGAAUAAUAAGCUCUAGUGACAAGUCUUGCUCCUAAAGCAUCAUGAGACUUUCUUACAGCCAUUAUUAAUGUAGUACAUCUUUUAAAGGUGCCAUGUGUAAGUUUUUGCUAUUGCUAUAGCAAACGUUUGCAUUAACAACUGUUUGUUUACCAGUCUAGAAGAAACGUUGCAAGUUCAGCAUCAAACUUCAUUCAGUGAGUGCUGCUCACUCGAUCACGUGGUUGCGCCAACCCACUCUGGUUCUUCCCUGGUGUUACCGAUAGUGCUAGCCCCAAAUGAACGCCUUAGUUCAAACUGCUAAAACUGCCUCCAAGAUACAGCCAUAUGCCCGCACUAGGCACUGACAACGGCUUCUCCCGCCUACUCAGCUUUUACCAAACUAACUGCCAUUCAUAUCAAUGAAUUAUGACACUAAAUUGGUUAUAAAAAGACACUUGAGUACCUAGUUGUAAAGUUUAGAUUGCUUUAAACAGUGCAGGUAGUGUGUGACUGAUACGUUUUCCUCUCAGGGCUUACCAUAGCUGUAUACGCUCCUUGCUGAGACUGUUCAGUACUACAUACCCAUAGACUCAACUCGUCUGCUAGUGGGGAGACAGUGGAGAAGGAUUUCAGGUUAGAUCUGGUGGAAAACCGUAACACUUCAGGAGCUUUGGCCAGGAUGUUUAUAGCAAGGGAGCAGAACUGUUGACUUUGUCUUGGGGAUAUAGUCAUCUGGUGGAAAAAACACAUAUGAACUCUUUAACCUGACUGACAAGCUCUACAUGGAGAAGGCACAGCUGAAAGACUUUGGGGAAGCCUUGUCCAUCCUGCUGGUGGAACUCACUCAGGUAUCCUUGGCCUCCUAGAUUAGAAGCAGUCAUUUUCCCAGAAGUAUUAUUGGGAUCUUGUUCAUAAAUGAGGGUAAGAUGGAGUGUGAGAUUGGGGGGCUUAUUGGUGAUGUAGGCAUUGAACUUGACUUUGCUGGUGAAGAGGGAGCUGUACCUGAAUGGACCACCAGUCAAUCUGUAUUGAAGUUGCAGUUUCUACCCACUCAGAGCCAGCAAGACGAGCAGGAGGACCUUCACUCUGCCAGUGUCCAGUUCUCCCAGAACCAGGUAGAUCCUGUCUACUCCGAUAUCAGACCAGCUCGGCCACGAAGACGAGAGGAGGAGGGUGAGGGUGUUGAGUACGCUGUGGUCAAAUUAAAUAGUGGCAGUACUGCCCUGAGGUGAGCAGCUAUUCACACAGGUACAUUAUCCUCUCUUUAUGAUGGAAAUUACAUUUUCGUCACUGUGGCAUGUACCUGAUGUACUUUUACAUCUUUUAAUAUCUACAAUACCCUCGCCCUGACUUUUUUAUUUUUUAUUUCCCUCUCGGAACCAGAUGUCAAGAAGCUGGGGAAGAUGCAGCUGCUUUGUACAGCACAAAC